AUGAAGCGAAAUCAGAAACCAUAUAAAAGUAUGUAUAAAGCCAUGUGAGAGAAGAUAUCCAUUUUUCCGACAAAAUUUCUUUUUUUCGAAGAAAAAAGCGCGAAUAAUUUGAGCGCAGCCCGCGACCGUUAGUUCGCAAGCUGCACUACUGUUUUUCAUGUUUAAUUGCGUUUCUUAAAGUACAUAGUAGUAGUUUAGUACGUUUAUAUAUAAAAACAAAUAAUAUUACUCUUUAUUAUGUAUUUUCAAAAGUGUUUGAAAACUUCGAAAAUUGAAAAGUUGACUUUUUUUGAAAAGGCUAAAAAAAUUGAUGAAUAUGCAAAUUUUGAUGAUUCCAACGUUCCAAAAAAUGCAUUUCCAACAAGUUUUUCAACUCAAACGGCUGAAAAUGGACGAUAUCCUUAAAAAGCUGUUUUAUUUUGAAAGUUACAGGGUUUUAUGUUUUUGUUGUUCAGAAUGUAAGUUUUUUUUUAGUUUUUAUCUUCAACUAUCCAAAAAUCAAUUAAAAAAUCUUUUUUUUAUUUCUAUUCAAACUUUAUACACUUGUGCUCAUUUUCAGAUGGGAACUGCCCGGAUCACCAAGAACGACAACGUUAUGUUGACGAUGUUAUCCAUAACACCUUGGCUCGGCCUUCUCAAACGGAAAAUCGAACAUUGUUCCAACUGAAGUCGGACCCCAGCUACAAUGUGACAACGCGUAAAGAGGACAAUGUUAAGACUUAUGAAGAGCUUCAGAAGGUGCCAAAAGAUGUCAAGAAAGAAGCUGGCGUUAAGGAGUCAAGGAAGACAGCAGUGAUUGAAGAUGAUGACGAUUUUAAUUAUGAAGAAGUUAUCAAAGUAAGUUCAUUUUUUGCGCACUUAUUUUAGUAUAGACUGUUUAGCACCGUACAAAGCUUUAGUGGUUAAUUUUGAUUGUGUUUCAUUUUAGAGCGUAGUGGUGCCCAAGAAGGUGCCAGUUUUUCAAGUCAAACCAGUCGAUAUUGCUAAUCGAAAGAAGAAUCAGCGGUUUCGCACCAAGAAGUAUAUUUGUGAGUACAUUUUGGCUAAAAAGUUUUUUUUAUAAAAGUGAUCACAAUACAUAGAAAAAAAAAUUUUAUUUUUUUCGACCCUAAGGGUCUUUAUUUUUUAAAAACUUCUUUAAAUAAUAAAUUAUAGGUGACGUAUGUGACCAUGCCUUUACAUUGAAGCAAAAUGUACAAUCCCAUAUUAAUGCUUAUCACAUGAGUAACAAAAAAAGACGUGGAUUUUUAAGGUUUGAAUGUCUGGAUUGUCAUGAGGUAGGCUUUACUAAUAUUGAAAAUUUUUUUUAAGGCAAGAUAAAGAUUUUUAUUAAGUUUUUCAAAUAGUUAUGUGCCCCCUUUUAAAGCAAAUAUUUGGGUUAGGGGCAUAAAAUUAUUUGAACAACCUAAUAGUCUCAAUGGUGAAUUUCUAAAAAUUUCUAGUUUUAAAAAAUUUUUCUUAAAUUUAUUUUUUUUUAUUUUGAUGACAUUUAAGCUGUUCAACAAGUUUUUGAAUGCCAAAAAGCACUACCUCAUUGUACAUCGUCAAAAAGUGAAGCAAAAGAAGCUGAAUGAGUGUUCGGAAUGUGGCAAGAUCUACCCUUCUGGUACCUUAUUGAGAGAGCAUAUUGUCACCAAGCAUUUGUAAGUUCACGUUUUGCCGUUAUUUGUCAUACCCGUCCCUAGGCUCCUGCUACUAUAAAUUUUUCAAAAAAUACUAGUUAAAGUAAGCUAUUGAAAGUGUAAUACAUACAGUCUUUUUCAAAUAUAUAACAGUACAGUACUUUCGUUUUUAUUUCCAGUACAAUUUUAAUGUUUAAAGCCUAAAAGCAUAGCUAAAACUACAUUGUAGAUGCCAAAAACCGUACGAAUGUCAACAUUGUGGUACAAGUUUCGGCCGGAAAGGCGGUCUACGAAGACAUAUUCAAAUGGUACACGAAAACCACACUUAUCAUUGUCCAUACGAAGACUGUGAUCAUCCUGGAUACAAGUGCAGUAAAGCGCUGGCGGCUCAUAUACGAUCUGUUCAUACCAAGGAGUCACCGUAUGUUUUUUAUGUUUUUGUGGUCCGAAAGUUUAUAGAACAUUAAAAUUUAAUUUCGGUAGACUAUCGUUCUACGACUUUAAAAUUCUUUAAAAAAUUUUAUUUUUUGAUAUUUUUUUUAUUUAAAAAUUGCCAUAAUUUAAAAUUUUUUUUUCAUUUUUUGAAUGUUUAGAUAAUCUGAUAUAAACCCCAUACUUUUAUUUCCAUUUUAGGUACGUCUGCAACCUCUGUGGCAAAGCCUUCGUCCGCCACAACGACCUGAAAGCGCACGAAGCGACGCACGGUGUUGGUGGAUUCGGCUGUGACUACUGUGAGAAACGAUUCAGUAGACGAAAAGAAGUAGAACGUCAUGCACAACGCAUUCACGGGUAUUAA